AUGCUGGCAGUUACACUUAGUAGUUACACUUCACAGCCUGACUGCCUCCAUGGUGGUGGUUAUGAAUGCCAUUACUUUGAUGCCGAUUCCAAACACACCGCAUCCACUUCGAGCAACGCCUACAGUGUGCCGUUCAUAUCCAUCGAUCGCCCCUGCUACGGAGGAACCAGUUCCUUUCUCCCUGUCCCGGAAGGAUCAAAUUUUAUAACGGAGACCGGAAUCUGGUUGCACAAAUACAUCCUGCCGACGCUUUGGUCCAAGUUCGGUAUUCCGAAUCAAUGCAAUUGCCUGGUGCUCUUUUGCCACAGUCUGGGCGCAAUGCAUGGGACUGCGGCGGCAGCGAUGCAUGGCCAGGAUGAGAGGCCAUCAUAUCCAUUGGGAGGGCUUAUAUGUUCUGGCAUCGGUGAUGUUUGGCGGCCUCAGAUGUAUGGGAACUCGGUGAGCGAGCCAUAUGACCCUCUGGGUUCAAGCUCGUUUACUCUCGAGGUGAAGGAUGCUCUUAUGUUCCGGCCGGGAACUGUGCACCAGGAUAUCCUCAGGCUCACGGAGCGGCUCGGUUCUCCUGCCCCGCUGGCCGAACUUGCGAGUUUGCCAGCUUCGUGGUUACCUAGUUGGAAAGAAGAGUGGGCAGUGCAUGUCAAGGCGCCGGUCAUGUUCGCCUUGGUGGAACAGGAGCCAUUCUUCAUGGUUUCAGAGGAGCGAGCGAAAGCAUGUGGAGAGGCAUUUUCCAGUAGCUUGCGCGUCGACAGCAGCUUCAUUAUGGGCGCACCGCACUGCAUGGAGUUGAGUUACUGGGCACAAGGGUGGUACGCAAGGGCUUUUGGUUUUGCAAUGGAAUGCUCGGCGCAUGUGGGACUGCAAAGUGAAUGCGAAUAAAGGGCACAUCAACGUAGUCUCGAAAGUAUUUAGCCUCAG